GAUGAUAUAAAUGUGCGGCAUAUGUUGAAAAGUCUCAUUAGUCAGUUCGACGCUCUUCCGCCAAACAUAACAAAUAUUCAAAAUGCAGCAGUCGCUCUGCCUAAAAAAUCUGAUGCUCCUCUUGGUGCUCAGCUCCCUGCUGGUGGCGGCUAGUGGCGCGGUUUGCGGUGGAUGCAUGGAGAACAAAGUGGCCUGCAUGAACUCCACCCACUACAAGGUCUGCAUCAACAACUCGCCCAUUGAGAACGGAGGCUUACUCAGCUGUGGCAAUGGCAAGAUCUGCACCAGUUUACUGGAUCCAUGCUGGCUAUCGAUAGAGGGAGAUGGUGUUGAGCCCGUUUGCGACCCAAACGCUGUUAACUGCAGAACCUGUGAUGGCAGUCAAAUGUUUGUCUGCACCAGUCGCACCACCUUCCAACUGUGCAAUGGCAGUGAUUUAAGUCCCAUUAUCAACACCUGCCCGGAUAACACCUUCUGCUCCAUCGAUUCCGGCGAAUACUGUGUGAAAAGCUGUAGCCUGCCCAACGGAAAGUACGAGUGCGAUAAGCUCGCACCUUAAAGUAGUCGAAAAAUAAAUCUUAUCAACUGUUUAAAGUUUUUAAAUUUAAA